UCUGUUGGGCUAGGUAGAAGCACGUCGUACUCACACGAACGCACACACACAAAUAAAAAGUUAUAAACCUACCGACGCGAGUGUAUUGUAUAUAUAUAUAUUAUAUUAUAUAUGUGUAGUGACCGCCGUCGCAGUGGCGACACGGACAGAGGAGAAACACACUCGCAUUGAACGAUACGACGUGGCCAUCGCACGAACGCAUCGAACACGCGCCGAAUACAGUUAUUAUUAUUACAAUAAUAAUAAUUCGUAUCGUAGGUAGGUACCUAUACGCGUCGCGAAUUUAAUAUAACAAUAACGACGGACGACAAUAAUAAUAACAAUAAUAAAAUAAAAAAUUAAUUUGUAUGUGGGCCGAAGACGAGGACGGAAUGCUCGAUCGGACCCGCGUUGACGGACGAUAAACAUCGAAUAGAUUCCUACAUAUAUAUUAUAUUUUAUACGUACUUACACUCGAAUAUAAAAAAGAAAAAAAAACACGCACACGACGUAGGUACGUACACGUCUUAUACAAAUGCGAUUGUCGCUUCUCCGAGCGGCAUAACAAUUCAUACGCGCGCUAUUGUCAUCACAUAUUAUUAUUAUUGUCGUUCGUAUAUGUACGUGCGCGAAAGUGAUUCGAGUGAAUGUGCACGUUCGGUCGACGAUGACCCGGUAAACACGCGGUGAAUCGUAUAUAUUAAUAUAAUCGACUGUAUAUUACUUAUAAUAAUCGUACAUAGUGACGAUUGCCAAAAAGCCGGCAGACGUGUUAUAGCAGUCCGCAGUGGUCCGUCCGCAGUAAGUCGCGUGGUCGUCGGCACACACCGUGAGCGUGUUUCGUGCGCGUGUUCGUGCUAAAUUUCCGGUCGCAGUGCUCAAACCGUUUUUGUUUUUCCCCUUUUCAUCGUACGACGUCUUCCGCGAUACUACUUCUACUACUACUGCUGCUGCUGCUGCUGCUGCUGCUGCUGCGAUAUUUAUUCAAUAAUCGAGGUAUAGUGAUUAAAUCCGGUCGUAUACGACCGUUCGCGUAUAGUGCACCCGCUCCACUAUGCGCCGAGACUUCCGCGACGGCUCGCAGUGAUCGCCAUGCGGUGGACCGGAUUUUGGAUCGUGCCGUUGGUUCUGGGAUGCUGCGACGCUGCGGACGUCCGGCCCGCGGCUAACCGGAAUGACGACCUCGGCGGACCGCCGGGAUUGCAAUCGGCGAUCUCGCGCGCGCUGAGCCGCGUACGCCAAUCCACAUGCGACCAUCGGUUGGCGGGCGACUUGUGGCUGGAAACGGUCGACUCCGAUCGCAGUGCCAAUAGCGACGGAUUGACGGCGGCUCCGGGGUCCGUGCCCGACGACCUCGCUUCCCAAGCGGACGCUGUUUUCGACAACCAUCGGCUGUCGUGGCGCGAUGCCAUAGUCCGAGGACUGGACUUGAGCUUGUACAAGGAUCGGCAGCAGCAACGAUACGCGCUCGGCAUAACACGGCGCACGGGAGAUUCGUCUCAGAGUUCCGUUACUCGGACUUUUGGCGUAGGACGCCGACGAAUGCAAAUGUUCUUCAUGUUGCCGGUGAUGUACAAGCUGGGCGUGAUUACCACUCUGCUGACUGGUCUGGUCGUGCUCACCCUCAAAGGCGUGACAAUCGGCGUGAUACUGCUCGUCAUAGCCUUGUCCAGUAUAGUGGCCAAACUGUCCAAGUUCCACAAUCCCUACGCGUCACCGAUGCCUGCAGCGUUUUCGUCCUGGUCGGGAUACCAUCACGAUCCUUACGACCGUUCGUCGCUACCGCAACCCGCACUGCCGCCUUUGCAGGACAAAAACAUACACGUGCACGUGCACACCGGUCCUGGUCCUGGUCCUGCGCCGUCCCCGGUCAGCUACGCUAAGGGCCUGCCACCGCCGGUGCCGCAAUUGGCCGACGACGAUGACACGGACAACUACAGCAACAACAAUUAUUAUUACAACGGCGGAGGCGGCGGAGCGUACUACAAUCGCGCUGGCGAGGAAUACUACAACGCCGCCGCGAUGAAUCAUUAUCAUCGGGGCGGCAACCACCAACUGGGUGCCGAAUCUACGACUGCCAGCAAUAGUGUCUAUCACCAGUGGUUAGGAUAAUAGUAUAACAUAUUGUAUUAUAAUAAACACAGUAGAAUAUCGGAUACGGUCGGUCACUGAAACAUUUUCCGCCGUUCGGGGAUACAUAGGUAUUGUUCGCUGUUUAGAAUUAAGUUAGGUUAACCUAACCUAUAUAUAUAGUUUGUAAUUAGUUCGAGAAAAUUUCACUGAAUUAUUUUAAUUUACAAUAUCGGGAUUAUUCAGUUGUGCGAACAACACGCUUGUUACGCAAGGUGCCUAGCCACUUUUAAUUCGUAUAUUACGUAUAUAAUAUAAUAUUAUAAUACUGUUUAUUAUUUAAUCGUAAGCCUAUUAUAAUAUAUAUACAUUGUAACGGUUGUAAACUUAAUUAGGUACUUUACAAAGAUAUGAUAUUAUAAUAAUACCGUGAUCAGGCACGUUACAGAACACAAAUGUCUCAAGGGACGGGAGAGGAGUACAUAAAAAAAGAGUUUUCAAAUUUAAUCUUACAUGAUCGUAUCGGAAAAAUAAUUUUUUUGAAAACAUUUAAAUUUUAAACCACUUAUUCGUACAUACUGUUUACACGCCAGGCCGUGAUCAGUGCUUAAAUUUUUGUAUUUAUCAAUUAAACUACUUAGUACUUAGCACUUAAUAGAGAAUACUGAUUAUAGAAAUAUAUAGAAUUUUCAACUAGCAGCUGUUUCCUAUAGGUAUAAGUAGCCAGUAUAUAAAAUAUACUGAAAUAUACAAACCAAAGCUAUUACUCAUAAUAUAAUAUUUUACUAGUAUUAUUAAUAAAUAUUUUACUAUUUCAAAUAGAGGUACCUACCUAUAAUUAAUUAAGUUAAUAUUAAUAUUAAUGUGUUUUACGAAUGCAAUACUUAAGUUGUAGAAAAAAAAAUUCUCUCUCUUAAAUUAAAUUUUACAAAUUGUUUGUCAUCUUUGUCUGAUGAGCUAAAAAUAAUGAACAUAGAUAUUUCACGUUUAAAAUGACAAUAAUAUAAUGUAAUUUUUAAUUUUUAUGCAUAAGAGAUAACAAAAUUUGUAUUAUUAUUAAUUGAAAAAUGAAAAAAAUAUAUAUUACUACUACCUAUAUUUAUAUUUUUGUAUAUUAAAAUUGUAUUUAUAUAUUAAUAAAUUUAAUUAUUUAAAAUAAACAAACCAUAAUACUUUUUCCGCCUUUUUUAGUAUAAACUCUUUUUAUUAAUAUAUAUAUAUGUCAACAAAAAAAGCCAGUCGAUGUAGUUUCUCAUAGUCAAAUGUUAUGACAAAAUAAUUUUCAGUAAUAUUAUUUGAAAGUAUUAAAUGUCAAAAAUUCAGAGUUAGAUAGUAACAUAAUGUGAAUUAAUCGUUAUUGUAACAUAGUUACUUAUUCGAAUUUAUAUAAUUUUUUAUAAUAAAAGUUACACUUCUAUCAAUUCUAUAAUUUUUUUCCUUUAAUAUCUACACCAAAAAACGAUCAUGAUUAAUAGUGACUACAAUUUUAAAGAUGCAUUGUUAUAAAAAAAAAAUAUAUUAAAUAAAUUAUUAAAAUGUUGAUAACUAUCAUUUAUGUUUAUAAUUUUGUCAUAUUAUAAUAUGUUAUUUUAAAUUCUGAACGAAGCGAUAAAUGUAUUGAUUUUACUACAAUGAUGUGUGUGGUUUUUUUCUUUGUGUGUACGAUAAAUAUUCAAUAAAAUACUUCUUCGAUUUUCAAUUUCAAAGAUGGUUUGUGAAAGAAAAUUGGGUCUAACUUGUACCUAUUUUAAAGAAGUUAUAAUUAAAAAUUCUCAGUACA